CGGGAUUCUGCCUGCCGUUUAGUUGCUUCAUUGCGCUCGGCUUGCGUGGAAUAGAUCUUCGCUUAGGCGGCGGCAUACGUGCGCGAACGAAUGUGACUGUGGAUCAUGUGGAAAAUUGUAACUCUUCUAGCCGCGGUCGGUUGGUUCGGCGAGGUUGAUUCAUACUUUGGAUUCCCUCUGAUAACAGAACCAAAGGAAAUAUGGAAUAUCCUCAAGGUGAUAUCGAGCGGCCAGAACAGGGAAACACUGGUUUACCCGGGUGAGGAAUGUGAUCGACAGUGUACUGUUGGAGAACCAUCAAGAGUUUGUUACUUCCAUUGGGUACUGGAAAACUACUCAGCCAUGGGAUCAGCGUGCUGGGAUUGUAUCCGAGGAAACCGCACGCACUGCUUCCACCCACAAUGCAUCACGGCCAGCGGAAUGGAGCGUGCUUUGGUUUCUAUCAACCGGAAGAUGCCUGGCCCACCGAUCUUUGUCUGCCGCGAAGAUACCAUUGUGGUUGAUGUUGUCAACGAUAUGGAGGGCAUGUCGAACACCAUUCACUGGCAUGGCUUCCACCAGUUGCAUUCGCCCUGGAUGGACGGGGUGCCAAUGGUGACGCAGUGUCCGAUAGCGCCCAGCACCAGCUUUCGGUAUAUGUUCAAAGCGGAAGACCCGGGAACGCAGUGGUACCACUCACAUACGGGCUAUCACCUGGCCAACGGCCAUCUUGGGGUGGCCGUGGUAAGAAACCCACUGGAUGUGAACGUCGGUUUGUAUGAUUUCGAUCUGUCGGAACACGUCAUAUUGAUAACGGACUGGACAUUGGAUUCCGUCGAACGGUGGGUACCGGGUCAACAAAGCUCUCAAAUGAAGGUGGAUUCCAUUCUGAUCAAUGGCCGUGGCAGAUAUCAUAAUGAUGCAGCGGGCAUUAAAGUUGACUAUGUCCCAUUGACGGUGUUCCGAGUGCAGAAAGGAAAGCGCUAUCGAUUUCGAUUGAUUAGCGGUGGUAGUCAGUACUGUCCUUUCCAAUUGCAGAUUGAAAAACAUCAAAAGAUGAUUAUUUCGACUGAUGGUGGUGCUGUGAAACCACACAUCGUCGAUACGCUUAUUUCGAUCUCUGGUGAGAGAUACGAUUUUGUGCUAACUGCUAAUCAACCACCAGGAGAUUACUGGGUACGAGUAAGAGGUAUCGGAUUUUGCAACUCACAGAGGGUGGAAAGCUUUGCUAUUCUCUCUUAUGCUGAUUCAAGUGUUCCAACCAAGAAAUUGAUGUUUCCGGAUCAGUAUCCACCUGUGUAUGACAAUCCGUAUCCGCUCGGUCGUACGUUGAAUCAUCACAUGACGCAGUGCUACACUCCAGGAGACGACUUUAUAUGUGCAGCAGAUCUUGAAGCAUACGAAGUAUAUCGGGAUCAUGAUCUUAUUGAUUCCAAACCAGACGUGCGAUUAUUUCUGGGAUUCAAAGUUAUUGAAGCUAACAAUCGCAAGUUAUUUGCGAAUCACUUUACUAAAUUUGCAACCGUGAGGGGAAAGUUCAAUACAGUUGGAGUAGCAAACAACAUAAGCUUCAUCUCGCCCAGCUUUCCUCUAUUAAUACAACCGGAGCUAAUCGUUGAUGAAGACACGCAAUUUUGUAACAAUUCACAUUUACCAGCUGGAUGUGAUAAAAUGCAUGUUUGCUACUGCACGCAUCGAGUUAAAGUCAAACAUAACGAUCUCGUAGAAUUUGUGCUCUAUGAUACAGCGUUACUACAGCAAGACUUCUACCAUCCGUUUCAUCUUCACGGGCAUCGAUUCAUCAUUACCGAUAUGGGGAAACUGCCCGAAGAGGCUAUGCAAUCGCGAUUGAAUUACCUCCGGGAAAGAGAAUUCCUACGUAGGCCGAAUGGCCACAAUCCACCGUACAAGGAUACGAUAUCGAUUCCAAACGAGGGCUACGUGAAGGUGCGCUUCAGGGCCAACAAUGCAGGUUUCUGGCUAGUACAUUGUCACUUUGAAUGGCACCUCGGCACCGGCAUGGGUUUGAUCCUACAAAUAGGUGAAACGGAUCAAAUGUUGAAGGCGCCCCCAGACUUCCCGCGAUGUGGCGAUUUUAAAACGGAUCUGCGAGGAAUUGGUUCGCUAUUGUCGGGCAAUGCGUAGAAACUAUUAUUCGGGCUAAGCAUGGGUACUUAUUAACAAGUAAUUAAAAUAUAUGUUUACUGUUAUACUUCAAA